UCAAUCGACGAACAGAGAGAUGGAUAUGAAGAAAAUAGUAACCCUACUGCUGGAAAGGAUGAAGAAUCCCAACCACUUACAUCAAUCGGCAAACAGAGAGAUGGAUAUGAAGAAAACAGUAACCCUCCUGCUGAGUCAAAGAAACCUGAAGAUAAAGAAGAUAGUGUCCCUAAUGAAGAAAACGUUGCAAUGGCCAGCUCCCAUUUUGCGUCUACACCGGAGACAACAAAUUUACUCAGAGCAUUUCUGCUUCUGCUAGGUCCCUGCACUAAACAAUUCCGAGACGUAUUACGUAGACGCAUACCACAUUCAAUAUUCUCACAAGUCAUUUCACAGGAGGAGAAUAAGAAUGCACUUCUCCGUCUGACUACAGUACAGCGAGAUCUUAUUGUACCUACACACGGUAGUUACAGUGGUACCUACGAUGAUAUGGAUAUCCCCUUGAUCUAUACGCUGCUUAGAAACGUAUGUAGCAUACAACCACACAGCAAGGGCUGGGGAAAAGACCCAGACUCCACAGACAGAUCUCUCUCUGCCAACAUUGAGAGGAUCCGAAUAGCCAGGAACAAAUGCGCUCAUUAUCCAAGUGACUCUCUCUCUAAUUCGGAAUUUAACUCACUUUGGUCAGAAGUGAGAUCUGCAGUUGUGGACUUAGACUCCUUUCUCAAUAACGGGAAUCAGUAUGAAAAAGAAGUUGAUUUACAGAAACAGAAAUCAAUACACCCGGAACUUGAUUAUUGUUUGAAGGAGGAGCUACGAAAACAGGCAGAACAAAUUCGUGAAAACAGAGAGGAGAUGCAACGAGUAAAUGACACAGUGGACAUGAUUAAAGACAAACUUCAAGAACAUGAAUGGAAAAUUGAAAAAAUGGAAGAAAUUCAACAAAAAGAAAUGAAAGUUGAAGAGUCACAUAAACCUGACGAUAAAGAAGACAGUGUCCCUGACCAAGAUCAAUCCUACAUCACCCCAACAGCAGGAUGAGACCGAAAAGGAAUGGAGGCAAGCGAGACAUUGAUGACAUGCCAGAUUUCACAACAAGAAAACGUUUCGUCAACUGCCAAUCCGAAUUCAUCUACCUUUUUAAAUACAUCAAGUAUUUUAGUAGUCGAACAAACGGUGAGUGUUUGCUUCUAAUUAUUAUACGCUUUCCAGUGAUCAUCAGGCGUAAAUGUUAUUAAUUUCAUAAUUAUAUGGAACAACGUUUAACCAUUGUCCUAUUUCAGUAACGGUGAGCGUUUACUUAAAAAUAUUACGCUUCCUGGUGAUUAACAGUACGUAAAUAGUCGUAUUGAUUUUAAUUUCAUCUGGAUCAACUAUUAAACCACUGUCUUUGCCGCAUUUUAGUCGUCCACAUGCCCUUUAUAUUAUUUAGCUGAACGUUCUUUUUCAACAUACACUUAUUACUGUUUAUUAUCCCAAGGUAAUUUUCCAUCAUUAAAAUUUUGAGGGCUAUGCAGUCGAAAAGGAAGUCCAUGUCACCGUACGCAACCACCCGUCCCGUAACUACAAGGCUGGGUCGUGGUGUAAGGAAGCCUCCCCCCCCCCCCCUGCGCCACCAGAACCACUGAUGACACUACAGUCCUAUCUAGUGCUACUCAGCCUCAGCGGUCAGAGCCGGAUCUUCACCAGGACAAUUAUCAGCAAUCUACCGAUACAAACAGUAGUGACAUACAAGUACCGGCUACAUCAGGUACUGUCUCUCAUGGAAUGAUUGCUUCAGAUACGACAUUGUCAUCUACUAAUAACCCAACACCUCUUAUAAGUGUGUCAGAAAAUAUCGGUCUCCAUGUCCCUCAAUCAGUUAAGGAAAAAAAUGUGGGCUAAAGAUUAUAUUGACUUGGCUAAAGUCCUGCAUUCUGACCCAGAUUCUGACAAAGAUCACAAGUUGUUGAUGGACAGCUAGUAAUGUCCCCUAAAUCCAACCCCAUGAAAAUAAGGACCAUUGAUGCCAGGACUAAUGCAUUCAUAGUUUUCGCCAGUAUUUAUCUGUUAAGACACCCGGCAGACAUUCAGGGAAUUCUGAAAUACUUUCAAACUAUCAGGCUCGGGGCCAGUCGAAAUCCUAAUGCAAGUUGGUUAGAAUAUGAUAAACAAUUUCGGCUAAAAAUAUCCGCCAAUACUUCACUCCCCUGGGGCUCCGUAGAUGCUGAACUUUGGUUCAUUUAUAUGGCUAAUCAGUCCACAAUGCAGCAAACGCAGUCAAAUUUGAAAUGCUACGAUUAUAACUACGAGGGUUCGUGCAGUGAGCAACUAUGAGUCACUCAACUUUUCACCGACAGUUGUGGUUCCUGUGGUGGGGGUGCGUUUUUAACAACCUUUGGGCAGUCAUCUACUGGCCAAAUUCUUGGUCCCCACACGUUCGUAGAGACAUUAGAUUUCUGGAACUCAUACCCAUAGUUGCUGCAAUCUGGAUAUGGCGUGAUCAUGUCAUUACCAAAAAAAUAAUUAUAAGUACAGAUGAUAUGGCCUUAGUCCACAUUAUCAAUUCCCAAACCAGUAAGUCUCAGCGCGUCAUGCACCUACUGAGGCCUUUAGUGUUACUUUGUAUUAAAUGCAACAUACAAAUAAAAUGUGUUCAUAUCCGGGCUAUUAUAACUCUAAAGCUGAUUCAAUCUCUCGUUUUCAGUGGGCAAAGUUCAGAACACUAGCACCCAAUGCGGACAGUCAGCCUACUAAGAUUCGACCGGAAUUAUUCAAUAUCUUAAACCUCACAUACACACCAUACUAUCUGCUGCGGUCGCUAAAAAUACGGCGAACACAUACCAGAGAGGACUGGACUCGUUUAGCAUAUUUCGUAACAUGUUUUCAUUGCCAUUCCUUUGGCCACCACCAGUCCAUCAGUUUGUUAAUUACAUCGCAUAUCUGGCAGCAAAUUCAAUAUUAUAUUCAACUGCCAGAUAUUACUUGAGUGGCAUAAGCUAUCAGCUCUAAAUCCAGGGUCAUGUCGAUAACACAAAAACAUUUACUGUCCCAAAAAAAUGCUUGAAGGCCUGCAUCGGCUAAACCCCUCUAAAGACGUUAGAGCACCAAUGACUUUGCCCAUAUUAGGCCAACUAAUUCCUGCGUUGUUCUCAGUCUGUUCAAAUUCAUACAAGCUACUAUGUUUGCAACCGCUUUUGGGUUAGCUUUCUUUGCAUUGUUACGAGUAAGUGAGUUCACAGUGUCAAGUAACAAGUCAGUGGUUCUAUCAAACAGUCACGUUCAUGUAUCAGCCACCGAAAUCCAAGUUCAUAUCAAGGGGUCCAAAACUGAUCAACUUCGCAAGGGCACCACAAUUCAAAUACCACUCAACAAACAAACAUCCACGUUAUUUGCCCACCUACAUCAAUUCUUAUCAAUCAGACCUAACGUUCAAGGCCCAUUCUUUUGCCACCUCAAUUCAAAACCUGUAACAUUAUAUCAAUUUACGGCGGUAUUCCACAAGACAAUUAAAUUUAUUGGUCUGGACACCGGUACUUUUAAAUCUCAUUUAUUUCGAAUGGGUGGGGCCACACAUUUGUUCUUAGAGAGCGUACCGAAGACGAAAUUAAGGCCAAAGGUCGUUGGAAAUCCAGUGCUGUUCAAUCUUAUAUUCGAGUAUAAAAUAUCUUGCAACAUUUAUACUGUUUGCUAACAGUAUGCUGAGUUUGCAGGUACCAGUACUACUGUUUGGAUAAAGGGUUCAUCUUUAAUUCAUUACGCCCACCAGCACACAUUCGCGAUUUACACAAACCAGCACCUACAUCUUCAGCCCCACAACAUUUCCAUAAGAUGGUUUAGCAAAAAAGGCAUGAUUUGGGAAGAUGUGGAGCCUUGGUUACGUAAAUUUGUUCAACAGUUUGGCUAUCCGGAUGUCAUAGUGUUAUAGUGUGGUGGAAAUAGUAUUGGUACUAUGUCAUUGCGUCAUCUUCAAAAAUUUAUGAAAUUAACAGUUGUUAAUAUCCACUCCAUGUUACCUAAGUGUAGAAUCAUUUGGUCUCAAAUCUUACCACGGAAAUAUUAUCGGCACAUGUUUUCGCACAUCGCAGCCGAAAAAGCAAGGGUUAGGAUAAACAGCUCCAUGUCCAAUUUCAUUAUGGCUAGAAAUGGUUGCUACAUUAAUUAUCCCGACUUACAAAACUGCACCCCUAACUUAUUCCCAGAUGGUACCCAUCUCUCUCUGAUAUUGCCCAAACGUUAAUUUUGAAUGGUAUACAGGCAGGUUUGUAUAAAUUCAUGUGCGAAAAUUUCCAAAUUUAUCCACCUCUACGGCAAUAGCGCAGUUUUGUCAUGGCAUGGGCAAAAUAUGCCCGCUUGUGGCGGAUGUCUUCAGGCAUCAGAUAAUCGGAUCUGAUGCCUUCGGACAUAUGGCCGAAUUUUGCUUGAAGCCCUGCCGCAGAUUCUGUUAAUUUUCCAGAGUCUCUGGCCAAUAAUUUGGGCUUCCGUCAUUGUGCCAUUUUCAUUGUUUCUACAUCAUACUCUAUUGGAAAAGUCGAUGUAGACCAUUGUGUGAAAAAUCCAUUGAUCAUCAUCGAAUGUGUAUCAUAUAACGAAAAUAUUGAACAUUUACCAUUUAACCUCAUUGACCUAUGACUAUUGAACGCUUAUUGAUGAUUGACUUCAUUGUGAAUACUGGUUAUUGGUCAUUGACAAUAUGGAAUAUAAUCAUUGAAGUCUCAUUGCUCAUUGUGAAUUUUCAUUUAUCAUUUAUACAUUGUAUUGUAUUUUGUUCUGUCAUUUAUAUUUUAAAAUAAGUAAAGCCAUGACAAAAACUGUCAACACGUUUGUUUGCUCUAUUCUGUCGAGAUAAACAGAAUUCUACCUCAAUUAUAUAAAAACUGUAACAAAAUCCAGUCGGAAUCACACUCCUCCAGCGCCAGCCUACACGACAGAUGUUCCUUAGAAUUAACACAUACUACCGGGACAACAAGAAAGACCAGCGCCAGCCUACAUGACAGAUGUUCCUUAGAAUUACCAGCGCCAGCCUACAUGACAGAUGUUCCUUAGAAUUACCAGCGCCAGCCUACAUGACAGAUGUUCCUUAGAAUUAACACAUAUUACCGGGACAGCAAGAAAGACCAGCGCCAGCCUACAUGACAGAUGUUCCUUAGAAUUACCAGCGCCAGCCUACAUGACAGAUGUUCCUUAGAAUUAACACAUACUAUCGGGACAGCAAAGGCUUUCUGCUACCAAGGGUUUAUAACAUCAAAAAUUUAUUCUUGUUUCUUUGAUUUAGCAUUACUCUAUGACGUAAUGCUGAAUAUUAUGUUGACAUACACUCCCUGGUAUCUUCAACUCCGCACGUGGUUUACAAGCGUUUGUUUAUGAACAGUGUUCUUAAAUGCGCGCGCAGACAUCUCCUCUAUAGAUAGAUUACAUGCAACAUGACAUUUAGAUUCGAGGGUUGAUUGGCCACAGAUGAAGCUAUCUUCAAGAAGACCUUACCCCGAUUAUACUGUGGGGAUCCGUGGGCGAUCGACUCGAGGAAGAGGAGAUGGACCCACCCUCCACCUUCUGGAGGACCCAACCAUGCCGGGAUUUUCAGGAAAACCCAUCUCUUUUCCCAGGGAAUCUGAGGGUCGACCCCCAUCGUUGCCUGGCCGCAACAAAUCUAGUGUAGCAGGGUCCCUACUGGGCAGUCUGCACUCUAAAUCUUCACCAUCGUCGACAUUUAGGGAGCCGGUUUUAUGUAAAUAAUGAAACACUGUGUAUGCUUUGUAAAAAUACGUUUAAUCUACUAAGAUAUAAAAGAUCAUUACUUCUAUAACAAAUUCAAAAACUAUCAGAUUUAAUUCGAGCGUCAAAUUUACAACUGAAAAAAG